GUAGCCGGAAAAAGGCUCAAAAACGACGGUACCGCGUCAAAUACACGUUGCGGAGGCGAUUAAGAAGAGACAAUAAAGGGAAAAAAACCGUUUUCAGCGCCGAAUUUAGGAAGAGUGGUAAAAAUGUCUAUUGGCGUACCAAUCAAGGUCCUGCAUGAGGCAGAAGGUCACAUUGUGACCUGUGAGACCAACACUGGAGAGGUGUACAGGGGCAAGCUGAUCGAAGCCGAGGACAACAUGAAUUGCCAGAUGUCGAAUAUCACAGUGACUUACCGUGAUGGGCGAGUUGCACAGUUGGAGCAAGUCUACAUCCGUGGCAGCAAGAUCCGUUUUCUGAUCUUGCCUGAUAUGUUAAAGAAUGCUCCUAUGUUAAAGAGUAUGAAGAACAAGAACCAGGGAUCUGGUGCAGGAAGGGGCAAGGCAGCUAUUCUUAAAGCACAAGUGGCUGCGAGAGGACGAGGUCGAGGUGGAAUUGGAAGAGGCAACAUUUUCCAGAAGAGGCGAUAACUUACUGUUCAGACUUUGUUUUAUAAUUCUGUCAUCAUUGGAUUUUGAGUAACUUCUGUAUUGUUUGCAAUCCUGUGCUUUGAUUUCUUUUUCUUAUAUUUUUUUUUUCUUUUAAUAAACAUAUUUCACUUUGA